AAAUUACAUAAUUCAUGGAGGUUAAAAAACUAGGUACAGGUAGUAAAGUAGAGAAGGUAAAGGGAAAUUAACUUAGCUGACGGUCUGAUGUUGGAUCGCAGUUGUGAAAAUUGAAAUAGUUGAAGUUACGUCUCAACUAGAUUUGUUGAGAGAGAGAGCGGCGCAGAGAGAGGAGAACAGAAGUGAGUCACGAUGCUAUUCCGAAGAUCUCUACGAAACCCAUUUCUCCUGGCCUUGAUUUCUCUGCAUCUGCAACUCCUUUCGGGCCUAGACAACAACCCUUCAGAUGCCAAAAAUGAGAAUGAAGAUGUGAAUCAUCAUGCUUCAAGAAGCUCUGUGGGGCUCAGGAUAGUUAUUAUAUGCCUUGGAAUGGUGACUGUCAUAGCAUUCUGUGUUUUUCUUUUCAAAUUAUGGCAAAGGAAGAAGAGAGAAGAGCAGCAUGCUCGUCUUCUGAAGCUGUUUGAAGAAGAUGAUGAACUUGAGGUGGAACUUGGUAUGCGGGAUUGACAAUUUAUCCCACUCCUUCUUUAUAGAAAACUUCAUUUUCAUGUCAACAAGGCUGUGAUCUUUUAUCAUUCAAAUCUUGCAUGGGUCAUUUUGAAAAGUUAAAAUGAGGCAUUUGCUUGUCACCAGUUUGGUAGUCUCCUGGUUUAGCCCGAGAGAUUUAGGGUUCAAUUCUUGUCUUCUCACUUGACAUGUGCAAGAUGAAGCAGGUUUAUAUUUUAUUCUUAUAUACUUAUUUGUAAAUCAUAUAUAUUCGUUUUAGUUGAUGUCAAUUAAUAAAAAAAUUAUUUGAUG